UCAAUUUUAACCACUUUUUCUCUUCUCUAACUCAACAAAUCUUUCAUUUCCUCUACAUUUCUAUCUAAAAAACUCUCACAACUUUCAUUUUCAUCCCACAAAUUUCACAUUUUCGAGUUUCUUCAUUAGUAAAUAGUCAAAGAUGCUUCCUUUUGCUCGGUUUAUGAGUUUGGACGGUUGAAAGGGUCGGAAUCGAGGUUCACACCGGAAAAAGACUUCCCCAGCAGUCUACAUCCUUACCUUUGACUACAAAAACAAAAAUCUACGUAGACCUACCAAGACGGCUACGAAAAAGAGGAAAUGACUCAAUUACCGGCCGUAUACGGAGAAUGGGUGGAGAAAGGCUCAUUGUGGGAGUUUGUGGUCAAUAAAAAAAAGGGAGGGAGAAUGUUCCCUUUGAAAGAUGGUUGUACACAUGUUGAACUUCUUCAAAUGGUACAAGAAGAUUAUGAUCUAGACAAGAAAACCGAGAAGGUGGUGCUAACGUAUUCUUUACCAGACGUCAUUUUACAGCAAAUGGCUCCGGAUACUCCUCCUAUGCAUGUCAUGAAUGAUAGACAAGUGCAGAAUUUGAUCGAGUUGUCUAAGACACACUGUGUACGCCUUUGUGUAUCAAGCCAGAGCGAAAGAGAAGCUGAAGAUGGUGACGAUGCUGAUGUGUCUGAUGAUGAAGAUGCUGAUGAAGAUGCUGAUGAAGAUGCUGAUGAAGAUAGUAAUGCUGCUGACUAUGUUCAAGAAAGUGGUGAUGUUGCUGUUGAUGUUGACGAUGGUGUAAACUACAGUGAUUAUGGGAAAGUGAAAGGUGAGGAAUCUGACGAGGAUGCAAAAGAAACGAUGUAUGAUGGCCAUAAAGCACAAUGCUCUGGUAGUGAAAGAAGAUCCUUGUCUCUUAAUGACAAUAUAGAUGUCGGUCAGAGUUUUGCUAGUAAGGAUGAGCUUGUUUUAAAGCUGAAGUCGAUUGCUGUGAAGGGUAAAUUUAUAUUCACAGCAUAUAAGACAACGAAAACUCUGUAUGUGGCUAAGUGUAGUGUUCAAGGAUGUGGUUGGAAGCUUAGAGCAAGUGUGAAGCAUGGACCAAACACAUUUUGGGUGACAAAAUAUUUGAAAACUCAUACUUGUUCAGUGGCGGAUCGGAUGGCUCAGCGGAAACAUUAUACUCCAAAAUAUGUUGCAAGGCUAUUCAUAGAUCGGGUUGGGAUUAUAGAUGGGCUUACACCGAAGCAUAUCAAAGACGCGAUGAGGAACAUGUUUGGGAUGAGCCUAGAUUACAACACUUCGUACCGAGCUCUAUUAGCUGCCCAAGUGCUUGUGAGAGGAACAGCAGAAGAUGGAUAUGAGAAUCUGCCUUCUUAUUUGCGUCAGAUCGAGAUGUCGAAUCCGGGAACUGUCACAUGUCUUGAGAAAGAUGGUCAAAACAGAUUCAAGUAUCUAUUCCUAUCUUUUGGAGCUUCGAUAGUUGGUUUUAACUACCUUAGGAGGGUUAUUGUAGUGCAUAUCAAUCAGAGCAAUCGCCAUCGUAACUCCACAUUCUUCACUGUAACCCAAAAGCCGAAACAGAGUGUGUCACGUCACGAAUCUAGAAAUUGAACCCCGUAAGAAAACUUAAGAGAGAAAGAGAGCAGUACCAUUUCUCGAAAGCGCUUCCAUCAGCAGCACGACGAACAGCUUCAACUCUUUUACGUGUUCUCGGCCGAAUCGCCAUUAAUGCAUCUAUAAAAGCUCUUCAGUUUUUCUAUUUCUG